CGCCCUCCUCACUUUGGGCCACUUCACUUUUCUCUAAUUCCGACUAAGAAAAUCUAAUCCUCUUUUUUUUCUUCUUCAGCGCCUGAGCGCCUUUCGCGGACUAAAGCGUUUGGCGAGGCGCUGCCGAGCUAACUGAGCUUUUCAGUCUCUCUUGUGAAAAAAAAUCCCUCUCGAAUGACAGCCCGAAAGCGGAGUCUCUGCAACCGGAGCCAGAAGCAGAUCCAGAGGCUGUCCCAGAGCCGGGGCAGGAGGCAGGUCGAGCCGUGUUGGCUGCAGAGUUUAGGAGCUACACUCGAAUCUGAGCCACAGAAACAAACCUGCAGGAUUCACAUCGACUGAAAGCAGAACAGUCCCUGGAGGCAGGGCGAACUCGCCUCUCUCUCCUCCUCACCUCUCCCCUUUUCACCCCAAAGUUUGCUGUCAGACAUUUCAAAUCCGACAUCUGUCCACAGACUUUCAUUUGAAAAAAAAACUUUUAAAAUUCUCUCGUGAAACCGUCUCUCCUCAGAUAGGGGGGAAAAAAAGUCACUGAGACCUCAGACCCGGACACCAUGCAGAAAUGGCCAUUCGCUGUACACUGGUAAACUGUACGUGUGAAUGCUUUCAGCCAGGAAAGAUCAGCCUACGGACCUGUGACCAGUGCAAACAUGGCUGGGUGGCACAUGCAUUGGACAAGCUCAGCACCCAACACCUCUACCAUCCAACUCAGGUGGAGAUUGUUCAGUCCAAUGUGGUGUUUGACAUCAGCAGCCUAAUGUUGUAUGGAACACAGGCUGUUCCAGUGCGCCUCAAAAUUCUUCUUGACCGUCUCUUCAGCGUGCUGAAACAGGAGGAGGUGCUUCAGAUCCUUCAUGGCCUGGGCUGGACUCUCCGAGACUAUGUCCGUGGAUACAUCCUUCAGGAUGCUGCAGGCAAGGUGCUGGACCGCUGGGCUAUCAUGUCCCGGGAAGAAGAGAUCAUUACCCUCCAGCAGUUUCUGAGAUUCGGAGAAACCAAAUCCAUUGUGGAGCUGAUGGCCAUCCAAGAAAAAGAAGGGCAAGCUGUGGCUGUGCCGACUUCAAAAGCAGAUUCUGAUAUCAGAACUUUUAUAGAAAGCAACAAUCGGACGAGGAGCCCUAGCCUCCUGGCUCAUCUGGAAAACAGCAACCCUUCCAGCAUCCACCACUUUGAAAAUAUCCCCAAUAGCCUGGCAUUCCUACUUCCAUUCCAAUACAUAAAUCCCGUCUCCGCUCCUUUACUCGGCCUACCCCCCAAUGGUGUCAUGCUUGAGCAGAGCCUGAGGUUGAGAGAACCCAACCUUCCUAUCCAGAAUGAGCACGUGGAGAGCAGUGAGUCAGAAGUUUCUGUUUCGCCUUUUCGAACUGACCAAACUAGCAGCAGGAACGCCCUCAGUAGCAUUAUCAACAUUGAGCCCAAGACAGAGCAGAGCAGGUUGUCUCCAAUCCAUACACCAACAGCUCCCACAAAUGACCUGGUCAAGACUGACAGCUCUAAAAGUACUGUUCUGAACUCAAAAAUUCAGAGGAUGAAGAGAAUUGGACUGACCCCAAGAAAGGGCAGAGUGGUCUGCAAUGCCUGUGGUAAGACUUUUUAUGACAAAGGUACCCUCAAGAUCCAUUAUAAUGCUGUGCACCUGAAGAUUAAGCAUAGGUGCACAAUUGAAGGCUGCAACAUGGUUUUCAGUUCCCUGAGAAGCCGCAAUCGUCACAGUGCCAAUCCCAAUCCACGUUUGCACAUGCCAAUGCUGAGGAACAACAGAGACAAGGACCUCAUCCGAGCCACAUCUGGAGCUGCCACUCCAGUCAUAUCCAGCAUCAAAUCAAACUUAAGUCUCACAUCGCCAGGGCGACCAUCCAUGGGCUUUAAUUCCUCUUCAGUCGAUCCUGUCCUUCAGAACCCCCUGGUUUUCCCUCCUCUUAAGACAGUGGAACCUGUCCCUCCAUUUUACAGGAACUUGCUGACAUCGGGAGAAAUGGUGAGCCCUCCAACAUCGCUCCCAUCCAGUCCCAUAGUGCCCACCCUCGAACAGCCUUGCGCCCCCGAGCUAAAUCCACCCAUGGCUCAGGAAUUGGCAGCUGACCUUGCCCCCAAGAAAAAGUCUCGCAAAUCGAGCAUGCCCGUCAAGAUUGAAAAGGAGGUGAUUGACACGGCUGAUGAGUUUGACGAAGAUGACCAGGUGAACGAAAAUCAUGUCAACGAUUGCAUCCAGGACGAGGAAAUGACUGAUGCAAAUUGUCAUAAAGAAAUGAGUCCGAACAUUCAUAUGCAUAGCAGCAGGAAAGCGGAUGAGGAGAGAAGCCUUGGUGGGUUUGAAGAUAAGCAAAUGGGAAGCAUCACUUCAGAGGAGCAGGAGCAUGACCGUGACUUUGAGGAUGAAUCUGAAGGCUCCGAGUCUAAAAUGUGCGACAAUCCCACAGAAAAUGAUGAGCAGGCACACCGAGAAAUAUUUGAUAAGGAGGAAAUGUCAAGCAGCAAGCCUGAAGACAAAGACUGUGUUUCCCCUCAACCACAGACUAUUAAAAUAAAAGAAGAGUUCACUGACCCAACCUAUGACAUGUUUUACAGUAUCAGCCCGUACGGCUUAUACAAUGGAGGAGGAGGAAGCAUUGCUGCCCUGCAAGAAGGCUUCUCUCCUUCAAUGGGAUACAGCAGUCCCCAGAAAUACUCACCAGAAAGUGAACUCUGCUCCAGCCCUGAUCCUAAGAUCUGUUAUGUCUGCAAGAAGAGCUUUAAAAGUUCAUACAGCGUGAAGUUACACUACAAGAAUGUUCACCUGAAGGAGAUGCACGUUUGCACAGUAGAAGGUUGCAAUGCAGCAUUCCCAUCCCGCAGGAGUAGAGACAGGCAUCUCAUACACAGAAUACCGCACAGACACAGCGCCAACAUAAACCUUCACCGUAAGCUUCUGACCAAAGAACUGGAUGAAAUGGGCUUGGAUCCAGCUCCACCUCUUGCCAAGGAUCUCCGAGAAGAAUUCUUGGCCAAGAUCUAUGGAGGGCACCAUGGAAUUGGGCUAGAUAUGCGGGACGAAGCCAGUUCACCAGGAACGGAAGAUUCUCACACCAAUGGCUAUGCAAGGGUCACAGCAGAUGAUUACAUGGUGUUGGAUCUCAGCACCACUUCUAGUGUUCAAUCCAGCAGCAGCAUUCACUCUUCACGGGAAUCAGAGGCAGAAAGUGAUGAGGGGAUUCUGCUGGAUGAAAUAGAUGGGGCCAGCGACAGUGGUGAAUCCACUCACAGAGCAGAGGCCCAGUCCCAAGCUGCUGGUUCAAGUCAUGAAGUCCUAGAAGCCUCCUUACUGCAGGCAGCAUCAACUAGCAAUGGUGGAAUCAUGUGUAUUAUCUGCCACAAAAUGUACAGCAACAAGGGAACUUUGAGGGUUCACUAUAAGACAGUCCAUCUCCGUGAAAUGCAUAAGUGCAAGGUCCCUGGUUGCAACAUGAUGUUCUCCUCUCUGCGGAGUCGGAAUCGACAUAGCCAGAACCCUAACCUACACAAAAAUGUUCCUUUCACCUCCAUAGAUUAAUGCAGGUCUCUACUCCAGGUGGCCCUGAUCUAUGGAAACUGCCAAGCCUUUUUGACAUCAGGUGCUUACUCUGCAGUUUUGCUCUCUAACCUGGGGUUCGGACCCAAGGAGCAAUUGUUUCAGCUCUGUAGAUUGAAACCCCAGCUCUUAUUGAAAUGCUCACGCUUAAUUCAUCUCCAAAGAGACAAUUUGAACUAAUUGUGACUGUUGCCUGCAAAAUAAAAGUACCUUCUUAUUGUCAUUGUGUACUAACUACUUGUCAGCUUUUGAAAGAAACUUUGAUUGAGCAUGGCGGCUUAUUUUGUAAAUAUUGUGCCCUUAAAAGGCCAAUGAUGUAAAUCUAUUAUACUGUCAUCCUGAUAAGCCAAGGCCCUCUUUUUUAUAAUCUUUGUGCUUUGUGAAAUUUCCAAAAUCAGCAACAUAGAACUUGUAAAGUAAAAAUUCCCACUUGUUUUAAUUUGUCACACAGCAUCAGGGUAUGUCUCCUGAGCAGAGUUUGGGCAUAUGAUGCCAUUUUGUAACUUUACUCUUUACAUCCAUAAAGUUAUAUAACCAUAAAAUUAGAGCCAGACUGUUUGGGAGGUGAUGUCAGGAAACACUUCACACAGAGAGCAGUAAAAACCUGGAACUCUUUCUCCGAAUAAGCUGUUGCAGUUUAGUAACGGUGGGAUGACUGGGGAUGUUCAAUUGGAAAUAUUGGAAUAAAGAUUGGUAGUUUAUCAUAAGGCAGGGGUCUGAGCAUUACAGAAUCAAGGCAGUAGGUGGAGUUGAGGUACAGAUAAACAGUAGUAUAACACACUGUUUGAAUAGACACAACGGACUGAAUGGCCUCCUCUUGUUGCUUUGUUCCAUGUGAGUUAAAAUCAGUCGAUUUUUCAGCUGUCAUUGUGUCCCUAUUUAUAAGUAGAACAGCUGGUCUGGCCUUUAUUAUGUUUAAAAAUACUGCACUGUCUUUUGUGAACUUCUUCAUGGGUCUCUCCUUAAAGACAGGUACAUUUUAUUAAGACGUCCUCCGAGUUGAGAAUACAUUAGUACCCAUCUCUAACCUGUUACACCCUGGAACCUCCUCAGCCCUCCAAUCUUGCUAAUAAUAAUAAUCACAUCUAUGUAAGUCAAAUUUCAUAUUGGUGUCCCUGCCUUCAAUUAGCUAGGCCCUUAGCUCUGGAAUUCCCUCUCUGAUUCUCUCGCUCCCUCUCUUUCAGAUGCUCCUUAAAAUCAAUUUCAUUCUUCAAGCUUUUGAUCAACCCCACUAAUAACUCCUUGUGUGGCUAUGUAUUGAAUUUCCAUCUGAUAAAACCCCUGUGAAGUGCUUUAGGAUUGUUCGCUAUGCUGAAGGUGCUUAAUAAACACAGGUUGUUGCUGCAUUUCAAAUCUGCCCAUUAGGAAACGUUUGUCAGAUAUGAGAUGUUAGCAUAUGCCAUCAUUCUCAGGUAUUCUAUAAAUCAGAGAUUCCGAUGGUAGUGCUAAUCUAUAUCAAUUUGGCUAUUGAUGAAUAGGUCUUUGCAUACCUCCUGAUCCUUCCUGCCUCUUUUUGAUCACAAUAUUUUUUCAGGGGUGUUGGGCUUUUGUUUUCUCUGCAAAGGAUACAAAGACAGUGAAAUCAGCAGUCUCAAUGACACUUGGUCCUUUUAGAAUGUAUUGCUCAAUAAAAGAGCACCAAGUUGCUGAGGAAGAUUUAUGGAACUCACAAAUUAGAUCUGUUACACUCUUCUAGUAUGUCACCAACCAUUCAUGCAAUUUGUAAGAUGUGAACAGUAAAGUUAGAGUCACUAGCUCGUUGUGAUCAGACAAAGCUCUGUGCCCAUUAAUUUACAGGGAUGUGCAUCUAACAAUAGUAAACUGUCAAUAUCAAGGAAUUUGGAACAGUGGUUGCUAUACCCCUGCUGCAUGACACCUUUUUGGAAAUAUUUCUUUUCAAUAUAUAUAUUAGGAAAAGCAAAUCAUUAAACUUUUCAGAAAAUCUCCCAACAGUGGACCCAAGACAGAAAUGUAGAAAUGUUAUGGCUUUACUACAAACACUUGACAGUUGGGAAAUUCAAAACAAUGCCUUCAUGUUAAAAAGUAAAUCACAAAAGAAACAUUACAGUUGAUAUUAAUUGGAUUUAGUUCUACAUGAAUAUUUGAGUGUCAAAUUGGAGUAGUUACCAGAGUCCAGGUUCCCAUUCCAAAAGGAUUCUCAGAGUUAACUCAUUAGAACAGGGGAUUCAAUUUUAAGAUCAAGAAACAUCAAAAUAGUUUCUUCCUUAUUAAUACCUUCCAACAUUACCUCGGUGGUCUCUUGUCCUUCCUCCCUGACCUCUUACCCCACCUCUUUGGCUGCUGACCCUACUUCCUUGACCUCUGAAUCUACUUCCCCAACUUGUCCUACCUCCUAACCUUUCGCCCUCAAUCCUUCAUAUCUUACCAAAUCCUUUGGUUUCUCAAGAGACCCCUUGUAUCUCUUACUUCAGUCGUCUUCUCUGAUGACUUUGUUUUCCAUGCACCUAGAAAUGUAAGUCUUCAACCUGAUUCACAGCGAUGACUCAUUUUAACUAUGCCCCUCAUAUUUAAUUAUUGCAGACAAUUCUAUCUUUGCAGAAUAUAUCUUCCAAAGGAAGUUUGGUUGUUAAAUGUAGAAUUGAAGGUGUUCAUUUGGCCAAAACCGUUUUAUUCCAUUCCAAGGAAUAUAGACCAAAGGUCAAGCCCAUCGAAAGUAAUUGAUGGUUGAGGAACCUAUUAUUACAGGGACCUCUGCACUAACAGCUCGCUUAAGAAGGAUGCUUUCUUAAAUAAAUUGAAAUAAGGCCUUUGGCUCAUCAGUAUUACACUCUUAUUGAUGGUUGGUUGUUUGAUUCUUUUUUUGUCCUGUCAGAGUGUAAAAUCUUGGGGAAAGAAUUCCUGUUACUGAAGGUUCGGAUGGGUGUGAAAAGCAGACUGUUCAUGAGCAGUUUGACCCUUCUCGCUUUUCUUUGUUAUUUUCGCUGUAAAACAAAAUAUGAUGAAACUCAGCUUGUUUAAUUACUUAUUGGAAACUCGGCAUGGAACUGCUGGCAUGCUGCAGUAUCCUGUCAGAGAGCAUAAAUAGUGUCUGUCGUAUUAGUACUUGAAUUCAGUCACGCGCUUUCAGCAUUUUAUGAUAAUAUAUGUCAUGUCAUUUAUACAAUUCUCGUUCUUAGCUACCAACCUCGCCCUCAUUGGUGUCACGCCCCGUCCCUGCCCCAAAUGUAUAGGAGGUCCAUUCAGUUCCAAAAGAUAGCCCCCAUUGUGACCAGCACAUGCCUUGCUGAAAAGCCAUACGACAAAUAAGCUUGAGUAUUAUUUUACAGACUUAUUUUAAGUACUGCUGGCUUUGUACAGGCUCCGAAAGAUGAUCGCAAGCCGUUUAAAAAAAACACACGACCUGUCAUUGUUGGGAUGCAAUCGCUUAAAUGCCGAGAGCAAAUAUUUGUCCGAAAACAAAAUCAAAAUUCGGGAGGCCUGCAGGUUCCGAAACUAAAAAUCACUGAAGAACUUUGUAAGCGUUGAGCUCUUGUUGCGCGCACACUGGCCGAUUACAGAGCGUGGAUUUCGAAUAAUGUAAGAGACAUUUGGGGUCAUUCUCCAGUAAAGGUUCUCGCGAUGUGACAAAUUUUGAUCACAGUUGGAUUGCCCAAAGAACUGUUCUGUUGUUUCCGGGAGCUUAAUUUUUCAUUGAGUAACACUCAACAGAGGAGGGGUAUUUUUAAUCAAUUUCUUCCUAACGACGAACCCAAACAUAAAUGUUUCUUUUUCAGUGGGAUCUGUGGUAUAGGGCAGAGUGUUACAAUUAAAGAGUGUUGUAGAUUGCAAUCUAUAUUACAUGAACAUGUAAAGCAUGCGUUAACUGAAGUAUUACAAAGUGGGAAAUUUCUUGUCAGCGCCCAAACACUGACUUAGAACUGGAGAAUGACCCUUAAACAAAGGAACCGUGGAACUGUUCUUAAUUCAUAAUAUUUUGACUUUAAAAUCGAUUCUAAUAUGUAUUGUAUACAUUAAUGUGGUUAGUAGGAACAGGUAACAACAUCAAAACAAAGAAAUUUGAGGGUGAUGAUAGAACUGUGAUAUUGCAAGUUUCCUACCAUUGAGAGCAGGCUGGUCCAAACUUGUCCAGGUCCCUUCAACACUGGAGGGACUUUGAACUGUAAGCUACUGCCAAGUUCCAGGGAUUUGGUAUCAAACUGACUACUAAAAUUCUCAGAAUGUUAACAAUUAUAGUCUUAGUGAAUAGCAUGCACUCUUAGUCUUAAAAUUCAGCAAGUUUAUUCUGGUCGGGCGUCUGGUCUCACAGGACAGGGUGAAUCUGCUGGUGUAUUUUUUUUUAAUCAUGUAAGAUUUGGCUGGGAAGACACGGUCUCAGCCUGAAUGAAAUGGAAACUUUUAAAAAAAGCAACGUCGGACGCACUUAAAGUAGUUCAUGACUGAGAAAUCCUGUUGUCUGAAGAGGACCAGACAUAAAGAACAUUUUGCAUCUGUCUAAUUUGUUUUCAUGUUUGGUGCUUUGGAUCACGUCACGGGAGAGGACACCUUCCUCCCACUCACCUUCCUCCCCGCAAAUUAGCCAUUUUGUAUUAUAUUACCUUGUUACAUGUUUUGAAAGUUUUUGGACCCCUCUGAUUGCAAUUGUUACCACAUAGUAUUGUACGGAGACUGACUUACUCGGACUUCUGCAUGCGGCCAAACUACUGGGAUGUCUGAGAACCAUUGUCAUGUGCAUUGGUGAAAGGUGAAACUUAUUAACACUGACGCAUUUCUUAAGCGGUUGGUUCCGUUCUAAAGCAGCCCACUCUGCACACCGCCCCGCCCCCAUCCCUCCCCCCACGAAAAAAAAAUUAGGGCUACUUUCCUCAUGUAUCAUUUCGGUGCUUGAACAGUGUGUUUUAUGUAUAUAUAUAUAUAAUGUGAACUUGCUCGUGCAUUUUAUAAACUUGCUUAAUUUUGUAUUUGCACAAAAAUCUUUUGCUUGGAUCAAUUUGCCAAAGUGGAUUGUUGGAUUUGUAAUCUUCAGCUUCCAUAAGCUGCUUUCUUCAGUGUUGUGGUUGGGAUUUUUAUUCGAGGGUGUCACAACUGCUUCUCAACAACCUGAUGUUAGAAAAAGACAAAGGCUGUAUUGCAGAAAAGUGGGUAUUUAGUAUGUAUUGGACCAGAGCAAAUGCUGAACAAACCAGGGAAUAUAAUGCUGGAACAUUGAAAGUAUUUAGUAUUCCUUGUCAUUUAACCUCAGUUCUAAUUAUUCAUGUGUCACGCUAUGGCCUUGAAGGAUGUAAAUGUUGAUGGCAAGAUUCUGACACAUUCUAGCAUCGACACCCCCACCCUCUUCAGCUCCUCCACACACUGACUCAGCCGCCCCUACUGGGACAUAGACUAAUAGUGUACACUUAAGUUCAGCAUGCGGCCAUCAAGUACAAGAGGAUGUGUAAUUGCCUGUUUAUCGUAUGUGAAGGGAAAAUUGAGUACAGGAACUCAGCCUGUCCCUGAAGCUUACUGAUGCAUGCAUCUGCAAUGCGGUGAGCGAUCGGAGGUCCCAGCUCGAAGUUUGGGAGGCUGUCUCGCUGCAACCCAGGGGCUGCCAGAGCUGCUCUUGGCUGAUAGUAGACAGACAGUAACAAGAUGACUUGUUAGGCAAAAGCUCCACAGAGAAAUGCUGCGGCUGACAGCUCUUGUCUGUCUUUAAAGCUGCAGUGGAUUAGAGUGCAGAAUGAUGGGGUACUCGGAGCUGGCGUGUCCACUGCGGAACACAGUCGAUAGGACUUCAUUGGGAAGCAGUGUUGAGAUGCUUGUGCUGCUCACGGCCACGCAGGGGACACCAGGGUGGGUUAGAUCUUUGCCCCUCUGGAACAACACUGUAGCCUCAUGCCAUCACAAACUUCACGGGCAACAGUGCAAAUGAGUUUAAAAAAGCAUCAAUAGAGACCGAAUCUAUCAUGGUAACUUGUUUAGGACAGGGAGAUUUGCAGGUAUAAAAUAGUCCCGCCUGUCGCCAGUGUUGCUGACACUUCAGAAUGCGCCCAUUGUCCAAUGCAUACCCAAGUCUGAUAAUGUCACACUCCGACAUCAGAGAUUCUGGGACCUCUGGCUGCAAGUCCAGCACUGUCUUUAAUAAAUUCCGUAUCUACAUUUAUAAAAGAGAGCCUAUUCUGUCUGCGAUAUGCCAUUGUCAUUCCAUGCAAAAGUGUUCAGAGGCAAGAACACAUAUCUCAAAAAGUACUUAUUAAUAUCAGCCCAUUAGCCUCACCGAAUCCCAGAAAUGCUUGUGUAGAGUCACUUAGACCCGACGGUAUUCCAACUAAAUCAUCACAUCUUGAGCAGAGAAAAAGAGCUGCCAUUGAAAGCUAAACAAAGACACUCCUGAGCCGCAGUAUAAAGACUUCACUCAACACCUACGCUUUGUUCCAGUAUUUUAAAAAUUAUUCACAGGGGUAUAGUUCAGUUCUCUGGCGACUUCCAACCAACAAAUACUAGACUUCUUCAAUUUUUUUUGCUGAUAUUACGAAAAAUGAACUUUGAAAAAAAGAGACUCCUAAUAACUUAUAGAACUGUAUUCUACACGUUGUAGUAUUAAGUGUUUCUCACAUAUUAUACAGCUAUGAAUCUAAAGCAAUUAUUUUUAGGCAAGUAGUUGUUUCUGUAUUUUCGGGAUAAUGAUUCCCCAGACUGACGUGCUCACAGAUGUGAUGGACAGGGCAGGACCUGGGCUAAUACACACCUUCAAGUUUUUUGUUUGUAAUUACAUAUUAAUGUAUUUUCGCGACAUACAAGUUAAUGGCGAAGAAAGUCCAUUCUAUUAUUGGCUGCAGUUUAAGGACUGUUACAGAUUUUUUUUAAAAAAUCCUAAAACCUCAUUGCUUCAUUUCAACGAACUUUUCAUUGUAAUUCUCUUGUUUAAUGAUGUUUUCAGUUUGUUUGCUCUGUUGUAUGUGAAAGUUGAUGCACUGCUUCUAAUGCUUGAGUAGUCACAGUAUGCUCUACAAAGUAUGGCUGUACCUGGGGAAUUGAAAAGCCUGCUUCACUUUGAUCUAAUAAUCAUGACAUUGGUAGUUUCAUAAAUACUGUAUGUACUGAAAAACAAGACAAGUUUUUUUUCCCAUUUAGUAGUUUGGAGAAAAGUCCUCUUUUUAUUUGAAAUUGUCCUCCUUGUACUUUCUGUACUAUAUACUGUCUCUGUUUUUUGCAUAAAAUGCAU